AUGGACGACAACUUCGCGGAGUUUGUUAACUAUCUCGACCGCCACGAAGAAAUAUUGAGCGGGGCAGCGUUUUCAUACGCGUCACUGCCACGGCGAGUGCCCAGGGAUCGCUUGAAUCCCAUGGAAGUGUACGACGAGUACGAGUUUUUGUGCCGCUUCCGAUUCAGCAAAAGUGCCGUCCAGCAGCUGCUCGCUAUGCCGCAUCUGCGGGAUAACACCGAUGGACGUGGGCUCCCUGUGCCGCCUCUCCUGCAGCUGCUCAUCACGCUACGUUUCUAUGGAGCCGGCACAUUUCAAAUUGUGACUGGCGACCUAGUGAAUGUUUCCCAGCCGACGGUGUCGCGGGUGAUCGAGCGCGUAUCCACUAUGACCGCCAGGAGUCUCUUUCCUGCGCUUGUGAAGUUCCCCAGCGCUUCAGAAGUGAGCGGUGGGAUGCAAGCAUUUUACCGGAUUGGGAAGUUUCCCGGUGUUAGCGGGUGCAUUGACUGCACCCAUGUGCCAAUUAAGAGCCCCGGUGGUGACCACGCCGAGGUGUACCGUAACCGGAAAGGAUAUUUUUCGAUAAAUGUCCAGUCAACAUGA